AUGCGAACCGACUUUACCCUGGCCGAGCUUGAGCGCCUGAGCUCCCACCUGUUUGCCUGGCAUUGGCUCCCUUCUAGUGGGAUCGCCGGGCACUCUGGUGGCAUCCUAAUAGGUGUCAAGGAUGCCACCUUUGAGGUUGGGAGCAUGGACAGGGGUGAGUUCUUUGUGAGCAUGGAAGUCUUCGAGCGCGCGCUGAACUUUAAGUGGGAGAUCAUUAUAGUCUAUGGCCCCGCCGACCACAGUCGCUCGGUGUCCUUCCUCGACGAGCUCUCGAGGAAGGUAUCCGCGGCCCGCUUCCCGAUCGUCGUCGGUGGCGAUUUCAACCUUCUCCGCUCUGCGGAGGACAAGAAUAACGACUUAGUUAACUUCCUGCGCAUGCAGUUGUUCAACGAUUGUAUUGCGGACCUCGGGUUGCGGGAAUUAGAUAGGAUUGAUGCUAGGUUCACCUGGACCAAUCGCCAGGCCGACCCAACGCUCUCUGUGCUGGAUCGGGUCUUGGUUUCUCCUGAGUGGGAGUUGAGGUGCCCCCUUGCCUCCCUCCGCGCCAUCACUCGCUGUGCGCGGCCGCUGCUGGAAGCCCGCCUUGCAUCUCACCGAUCCAUCUCGGCGGUGGAUGACUGGCACUUCUGCGCCAAGCGCGCCCGUCAGUUCAUGAAGGUCUGGGGCGCGAAUCUCGGAAGGGACCUCCGUCUCCGCAAAAAGGCCCUCCUUGACUCCAUUCAGGCCCUGGAUCUUCGGGCCGACUCGGUGGGCCUCUCUCCUGACGAGUGGAUGCAGCGUUAUGACCUUGAAGACCAGCUUAUGGUCAUAUACACCGACGAGGAGGCGUAUUGGCGCCUUCGAGGUACCCCCAAAAGUGGGUUCUCCAGGGUGACGCCAACACCGCCUACUUCCAGGCAAUCGCCAAUGGCCGGCGGCGACGUAAUACCAUUCCCCUUCUGUGGGAUGGCGCGACGCUCCUCCAGCGGCCCGCUGACAUCCGUGCUCAUGUUGACGGCUUCUAUCGAGCUUUGUGUCUUGGCUGCGGACAAUGCGGCUCUCACGGCCCUGUUCUCUGAGAAGGAAGUGUGGCUGGCAAUUAAAGGGAUGAACCCAUCAUCCGCCCCGGGUCCUGACGGCUUGCCGGUUAAGUUCUUUCAGACCUUCUGGCCCGCCAUCAAACAGGAGAUCAUGGCCAUCUUCGAGGAGUUUUAUGUCAGUUCCAUCGACCUCAAGCGCCUCAACUAUGGCAUUAUCACUUUGAUCCCCAAGGUCCCGGGCGCCUCCGACAUCCGCCAGUUCCGCCCUAUCACGGUGAUCAAUGUGAUCUUCCGCAUCCUUGCCAAGGGGUACGCCAAUAGGGUGGCCCCUUUAGCUGACCGCAUAACCCACCCGAAUCAAUCCGCCUUCAUUCAGGGCCAAUAUAUCUUGGAUGGGGUCUUAGUCUUCCAUGAAAUCCUGCAUGAGGUGCGAUCCAAAAACCUCAAGGCGGUUUUCCUGAAGAUUGAUUUCCAUAAGGCUUAUGACACGGUUAGUUGGCCCUUCCUUCGGGAAGUGCUGCUUAGAAAAGGGUUCGAUGAUCGCUGGGUGUCCCGGUUCAUGCAGAUGGUGUCUUCCGGCCAUACCGUGGUGAACAUCAACGGGGAAAUCGGGCCCUACUUCCCCACUUCCUGUGGGGUUAGGCAGGGUGACCCCUUUCCCCCGUUUCUGUUCAAUAUGGUGGUUGAUGCCUUGGCCUCGAUCCUGGAUAAGGCCAAGGCCGCCGGCCACAUACUAGGCAUUACCCCGCACUUGGUGGAGGGGGGAGGCGUCUCCCUUCUCCAAUACGCUGAUGACACCAUCAUCAUGGUCCAAGGCUCGGCGCCUGAGAUCUCGAACCUCAAAUUCCUCCUGCUGUGUUUUCAGCACCUCUCAGGCCUCAGAAUAAAUUUUGAUAAAAGCGAGGUGAUGAUUAUGGGCUAUUCGCCCGAUGAGAGCCAGAGCAUCGCUAACCGGCUUAACUGUCGGUUGGGGACAUUCCCCACUACCUACCUGGGGGUCCCCAUUAGUGACUCCCGCCUGACCGUGGCCGACCUACGGCCCUCGGUGCUCAAGCUCCAACACCGCAUCGAGCCGUGGCAAGGUCGUUGGCUCUCUAAGGCGGCUCGUACGAUCGUCAUCAACUCGUCCCUUUCCAGCCUCCUCCUAUUCAUCAUGAGCUUCUAUAGCUUCCCCGAGACUCUCCACCAUGAGAUUGGUUCGGUCCAGGCCCGGUUCUAUUGGGCGGGCGAGGGCGACAAGCAAAAGUACCAUAUGGUGCGCUGGUCUGAAAUCUGCAAGCCCCGGGAUCAAGGUGGUCUUGGUAUCAUGUCCUCCAAGCGCAUGAACCUGGCACUCCUCACUCGUUGGCUCUGGCGCAUUGCGAAUGGCGAUGGCGACCUGUGGUUGCAGAUCGUGCGCCAGAAAUACCUGCGUGGUCAACCCCUCGCCUUCUGCGCCCGGACCGGAGGGUCCCAGUUCUGGCAAUCUGUCAUUCAGCUCCUACCGGUCCUCCGUAUUGGGACAUCCAUCUCGAUCGGAACUGGGUCAUCCACGUUGUUUUGGCUAGACCGCUGGGCUGGGGACCUCCCCUUCGCUGCGAGAUUCCCUGACCUCUUCUCCAUCGCCGUUGACCCGAGGAUUUCCGUUGAGACGACCCUUAUUGACUUAGGGCGUCUCGCGUUCCGGCGGCCUUUUGGCCCCCCGGAAGUCGCCGCUUGGCACGAUCUCCUUGAUGCCGUCGCUCUUCAUGAGCCUGACCUCUCUCAGCCUCUUGACCGGUUGUCUUGGCGCCUAGAACCUUCAGGCCGCUUCUCCACGCAGUCCUUAUACCGCGCCAUUGCCCCAUCUCCUAGCCCGGCUAUCUUCGAGUAUAUCUGGACCAUCCGUCUGCCACUCAAGAUCAGGAUUUUCAUGUGGCAAUGGAUCCGUGGCCGUCUUCCCUCUGGCGUGGAGGUGAUUAAGCAUCAUGGUCCGGGUGACGGUCUAUGCCCCCUUUGCGGGACGGAAGAAACUUUGAAUCACAUCUUCUUCUCGUGCGUGUCCGCCCAGUUCCUCUGGGGUUGCCUCCGGGAGGUGAUCGGUGGGGUUUGGUGCAACACCAACUUCCCUGACCUCCUUGCCGAGAUCCAGGCCACCCCCAUAUCGGGCCGCCACAUUAGGUGGCUGCUCAUUGGGGUUCUCGCCUGGACGAUCUGGACUCUCUGGCGGCCGCUUAGCCGUCACCAGGACCGAGACGCCAUCACCACCAUCAUCUCCGACCUUCGCGCGAUGGCCCUCCGCUUGGCGCCGCCGCUCCCUCCGCCACCGCCCGAGCCAGAUUAG